AUGGACCUUCUCGAGAAGAUGGUGGCGUGGGGCAUUCUCCCGGACCUGCAGACCUUCUCCGGCCUGACGGAGCACCUGGCCGGCGCCGGCGACCUCAAGGGCGCUGGGGCUGGUGCGGCAGUGCAAGCUCCAGCCCGACGGGUACAUGUACAGCGUGCUGGUGAGGGCCUACUGCUAGCGGGAGCGCGCGCGCUGAGGGUGUUCGACGUAAUGCGCGCGGCCCGCGUCACCCCCGACGCGCCCACCAAGGCGCUGCCGGUCAAAGUCUGUGGUGGGAGGGGAAGCUCCGGGAGGCCGCUCCAGUGGAGGAGAGGUGCGAGGAUGCUCCUGCCCUCUUCCUCUGCUCCUCGCGCCGCCGAGAUCACCAUCGCCGCGCCCUUGGUCGCCGCCACGCCCGUGAACGCCGACCUCUCCUCUGCCCUGCGCCUCUGGACUCCGCCCUGCGCGUAUGAGGCCGCGGAGGGGACUGUGCCCAGGCUGUUGGAGGAUGGGCCAGGGGGCGGCGGCACGUUGGGUCCCGGCCCAGGAAAAGGUGGCCCAUCUUCCACACCUCCCCAUGGGCCGCCACUACCUCCUGUGGCCGUCGUGGGUGCCGCAGACAUCGCACGCGCCGCUGCCGUCGCCGUGUUGCCUGCCGUCGCCACCCGGGCCGCCCAGGCCACGCCACCGGUCCGUUCGAGCGCUGAUGCAGCCUCCCCCACCGCUCCUGCAGCGACUGGCGUGGGGGCCGUCGGGGCCAUGGGACUGCUGCAGCAGCCGCUCGCCGCUGCCAGGGCCGCGGCCGCCACCCAGGCCGCCCACGGCGCUGCUACUCCCGCCUUCCUUCCUUGGCCUGCGCUCGGGAUGCCCCCCGCGGCGCGGCCGUGGCCCCAGGACGCGCCACCGCCGCCAGGGCCGCCUUCCCCGUGGGCCUCCGCCUCCUGGCCUGCCGUCGCCGCACCCUGGGCCGCCGCCGCCGCCGCCUCUGCUCACGGCGUGGCGUUGCCCCCUGGCGCUGGAUCCACGGCCUCUGCCGCCGCUCCUCUGUUCCCGGGCGUGGGGGCCGCCCCUCCUUUGUUCCAGGCCGCCGCCCAGGUAAUUGAUUAA